AUGAAUAACAGAUGGUUCCUCACGUUUCUAUCAAUCAUCAGUCGCUUGGCGUUGGCAUCGCCGGUGUCUCCGGCCGCUUCCGUAGCCCAUCGUCUACACCCAACCAACCGGGCUGACGUGGAACCCGUCGUCGCAACAGCUGAUGCCCGCCUGUGCUCCGGGAGCAACCAGAGUAGAAUUUCUUUCGAUUGUAAACAGCUCGCAAAUGAGACCAAAAUUCUCGCCGACACGCAGGGCAAUUUCUCCGAGCCUUGCAACGCCGCCGCGACCGAGUUUACACUAUUCGCGGGCUACGGUGAUUGCACCAUGUGGUUCGAAUGUCCGAGUUCAAUCGACAAAAUUGCAAACUUUGGAUAUGGAGAUGUCGCCGACAUACUCAAUCUGGCGACCAGCGCACUGGAGUACUCAGGUGCAUCUACAAACACAAGCAUUACAUCAUCAAGUGCCUCAAUGAGUUGCCAGUCUCACCAAAUGAACUGGCUUGUAGCGUUCAAUGGCAGCCAGGGUUGA